AUCAAAACAGGUUUUUAUCUUGCAUACUACGAUGGAGCACUGGUGUAUACAAUUUAUUCGGAACUUUGCUUACAUUUUGAUCACAGGAUUAAUCUGAGUUUAACUACUGCCACCUCAUGCACCCGGUAGACUGAAGGGACAUUACCUAUCAUGUUUGCGUUGACAUCAUCCGCUUAUUUCAGACAAGGAAACAAGAGGAGAAACCGUUUGUAAUAUUGAUCAUUAAUAUUCAAUAGACAAACUAGAUACCAUCACGUAAAAGCCAAGGUUGACCUUCAUGACUGUUAAAUGCCGGACUGAAGCCACUGUGACGUGUAUAAAUCUGCUUAUCUUGUUAAGGGGAUAUCUUGUUUCUGUGAGCAUGUGGUCGAUGGUAAACUGCUAAUAAUAACAACAAUCCCGAAACUUGUAUAUUUUGGAUGUUUUAAUUGCAAGAAAUUGACUUUGCAAUGCUGAAUAUCACAUAUUACCGGCGGCGCCUUCGCCUUUGGCCGGUUCUUACGUGCAUGUUCUUGGUUGGUUUCACCAUCGCAUUCGUCACGAGAUCCAGAGUUGAACCCGACACUGUGAACGAGCUGACAAUCAGUUUGGACAUUCGUGCAAAAUCACAAGCCAGUCAUCCAGACGUCCACAAUUUCCAUGGGUCGAUUGAGGAGAAGUUAAAAUACCUUCGACUAAAAUCCAUAUUCCUCGCUGGGGAAUGGAAGUCGGACCUUUUGUCAUCAUAUCACAAACCCUACCCUGCGAAUUGUUCCGCCAUCUUGUCUGGUGAUAAACUUGCCAUCGCAGAAGGAACUUUAGUGAUCAGAGAUCGCAGAUCGAUACAAAUGCCUGGUAACGAAGAGGUCAACGGUUGGACAUCAGAUUGUAAGGGAUAUAAGAAUAGACGAAAGUACCCCACCAAGUCAUAUUCCGACGAGGAACAGAAUUUUCCAAUUGCUUACAUAAUAUCAGUGAUAAAACAUGGAGCUCAAAUCGAACGCCUUUUUCGCGCCAUAUAUGCACCGCAGAAUUUUUACUGUUUUCAUAUUGACAGAAAGGCGCCGCGGCACCUGCACGUGACUAUCAAAAACCUUACGAAUUGCUUCAACAAUGCCUUUAUCGCAUCGAAGUCUGAAUACAUAAGAUAUUCGAGACUGAAGGCAGACAUGAGCUGUAUGUCUGAUCUCAUGUCUCAUGAAUGGAAAUAUGUCAUCAAUCUCGAAAACUAUGAUUUUCCGCUGAAAACCAAUCUGGAAAUCGUCAGGCAGCUGAAAGCUCUUGACGGAAGAAAUGACAUUCCUGGUGUACAUCCAGAACAAAGUGAUUCUUUCGUAGGGAGAACGCUAUAUCACCAUGAAGCCAUCGCUGGAAGAUUGAGAAAGACACCGAAGAAGAAAGACCCCCCACCCCACUCUGCUUUGAUCUAUCUGGGAACCCCUUAUUUUGCUGCCUCGAGGAAGUUCGUCGCAUACGUCCGCACCAACCAAACCGCAAUGGAUCUCCUGGACUAUCUUUCGGAUUCAUCGAGUCCUAGCCGGUACUAUUGGGUAACCGUCAACCGAUACCCGGGUGUACCCGGAGGGUUUCCCAAUUCGACAUGGGCAACGAGUCUCCGGCUUAUCAAUUUCACGAAUACCACUCAUCCUGCGCCUUGCAUUGGCCAAUGGGUGGAUAAUACUUGUAUCAUUGGCCCAGGGUAUGUUCCAUAUCUUUCUACCAUGCCCUAUCUUUUUGUGAAUGGCGUCUACUAUGAUAUAAACCCAGUGCCUCUGCAGUGCCUGGAAGAACUACUCGACUACAGAACAAAAAACCCGGAAAGCAUUUACGAUUUCGUGCCGGACUUCCCGGCGACUAAAUUAUUUGAUGUUUCUUCCAAUCGAAAGCCACCAGAUCACCCUAAACCACUCAAAUGAACAUGACUUCGUUAUAUAUUAUUUGAUUUUAAUGCGAUUAUCAACUAUCAAUAUAGGCCCUAUAGCAAGGGCCCAGAAAAAUGUCCCUUUUGGGGAAAAUGUGGCUCUCGCCGGCAAGGCCAUGAUGUCAGUCUCGUCGAAAAUAACAAUUUAUGCAAAGUGGGGGCUAUCACGGAUCUCACGGCUACAGGGGCGGGAGGUAACCCAGUGCCUUUUCUUCUGUGAUAUCAUUGGCGGAUCACCCAGGGGCGGGCCGUGCAUGGUCCUACCCUUGAUCUAUAUCAAUGUUUCUUUGUAUAGUUCUCUCGGACUUCAUUGCCUAGGGCCCGUAACAAUGAACGCGUAGCAAUUGAUCAUGGGGUUGAUCAUAAACAUUAAUCAAUGCAAUCAUUCUUUAGAUCCUGCCCCACGAUCAAUCGUUAAGCUGUUAAGGGGGAGCGAACUGACCAAUAGCUUCAUUGACUGUGUGUUAAUAUAUCUUUUGAUAUAAAUAUUAACAAUACAGAGAAUGAAUUGUCUUGACAUAUUAUUUGUUUAUAGGUGAACUGAAUUGGUUUUGAGAGGGGAAAUGUACUCGUUUUCAUUAUUAUGGUAGUGAUUUGGUAUGUCACCAUUCUUAUGGACCUACAGGCCUAUUCCAAGACUACACUGUUGAGAAUGUUGCAUUAUGGUUAGGAACAUGGCCAGAUUUGAAGAUAUGAGUAGUUUAGGACUUGAAACGAUGCUGCCAAACAAUGAAGGCCGGUGGUUCGUAUUAGCCUCAAGGUAUGACGCCCUAUACCAAUUUCUUCAAUCGGCACACUCUCGAAUUGUCUAAUCCGGGAACAACGGCGGUCAAGUUCCUAGUACGACUGCGUGCAUAACUGCAAAAAAAAAAUCAUGCUUGCCUCGAACUCAAUCUACAGUAUAACACAUCUUGGUCCAGUGUCUAUUCAAAGAUUGAAAUUAGGCUGUUCACUCAUUUACGUGGUUUACAGUAUUCUUACUAAACCAAAUAUGAUUUUAACAAAGCAGUAGAGGUUUUAAACAUUUUUUAAAUGGUUUUCGAUGUAUAUAGGUCGAUAAAUAGAAAGUAUGCAUAUAGGCCUACACGGUAAAAAAAAAUAGCACGCUGUUUAAGCCUGUCACUCUAACAACAAGUUGUUUAAACUUUUUUGUAAUUGUUUAAACUUUUUAAACAAGUUGUUUAAAAAGUUUAAACAGUCGUUUAAAAAGUUUAAUUAGUUGUUUAAAAAAUUUGAACAAAAGUUGUUAGAGUGACGGCUUAAACAACGUGCUUAAAAUUUUAAACAGCGUUUUUACAGUGUAUAACCUCUACUUCAAAAUUAAUAUUAAGCAAAAAAGAUCUGAACUGCCAAAGUGAAAAUAUUAUUAUGAAAACAAAUUAACAUGAAUAAUUCGUUCAGUGGAAAGAUUAUUUAUCGAUCGUUUUUAAAACUUCAAACAUGACAUGCAAAACACUUUGAAAGUUAUCAAACGUACAAUGGACUUAGUGAUGUAAAAUCAGUUGCAAAUUAAAAAAAAAUUCUACAAUAAGAUUGUUGAAUAAAAAAAAUGUUAAUAGGUUUUAAGCUUAUUUUACCUUAAUUGGUGACAAUUAUAUCUUGCUAAAAUUUUCCACCAGCAAGCAACAUUUUUUAACGGAAUUUUACACCUGCAUAAUCAAUAUUUUAUCUUCUUGGUUUCUACAAAUAGGCAAGAAAUAAUUAUUUCAGAUUUUUAAGAAAAGAUGUGACAAAGUUAAUAAUGUAAUACCCCAGUUGACACUAAAAUUUGUUGCUGACCAAUUGUUGCUGACACCUUUGAUAAGUUAUUGUUGGAUGUUAUGAAAGAUGCAAAAAUCACCCCCACUGUUUAAAAGUGAUAAGCUUGAUGUUGGUAAUUAAAGGGGAGGUUUACCCUGAUAAAAAGUUUAUCGUGAAAAUAGCAGAAAAAAAUAAUAAAGAAAAUAUUGGUGUGAAGGUUUGAGGCAAAUCCACCAAAGAAUAAAGAAGCUAUUCAUUAUAUACGAGCAGGUUCCUCACAUAAUUAUAUAUAUAUCGUAUGGUACAAAAAAACAAUGAAGUAUCAUUUUCUCAGAAAUAUUGAAAAUAGUUUUUAUUGUGCCAUCAGUAUAUCAAUAAAGAAAUCAUUUCGCACCCGCUUCUGAAAGAAAAAAAAACAUGAGUCACUACCAACCAUAAAAAAAUGAAAUUUAUGGAUUUCAUAUACAUAAUAUAUGGGGCAGCUGCUCGUAUAUGACGUCACAAUUCAAAAACUUUAAAUUCUACAAGCUUUCUUAAUAUUUGGUGGAUGUUCUUCACAAACUUCACCGAUUUCUUUUAUUAUUAUUUUUUGCUAUUUUUACAACCACAUUUCUGCCAGGGUGAACUUCCCCUUUAAUGACCAAAUUCCUUCAGUCUCUAGACUACGGUAUUGUAUUUGUUUUGUAAAUAUGUAUACUCAGGGGCAGCGGAAUGAUUUUGAAAAUAGUAGGGAUUCCAUGCAAAAAUUGACAGCUGGUAAUGUUUACGUUUUUUAACACCUUAAUUGAAAAAUGGGGCUAACCCCCCCCCCCCCCCCCUCGGUUCCUUGGCCCUGAUAUUCGUAUGGCUUUUUUUAAAGAGUUGUCAUAUUUUCUUCCAAGCUUCCAGUUUGGCUUCAGGAAGAAAUGUAGUACCGUCAAUUUACCCCAUUAUUAAUUUUUUGUUUUUUCUAUUUUCCUUCCAUGUCUAAUUGAUUUUCUAUUUGCACUUUUUAAAUCUUUUAUUUGUUUUGUUUUUUAUUUUUUUAGAUACUAUAGGGGUAUGAUAUACUGUCAUGAUUGUAUUAAUUUGUCGCAAAGUUUCUAAAGAUAAUAGCUUAAGAGCUUGACCCCAUUGUAGUAUUCUAUUUAUUAUCCUAUUGAACCUUCUUUAUUACAGUUUGAAUUUCAUAUAAUAUUUUAAUCAAUUAUUGAUUGCAGGGAACUCGCGUAAACAAGCGAUGCUUUCCAGUGAGUUCCCUUUUUUCAUUUCUGUUAUUUAUGUUCUGCUUUGUUAAUCUGUUGGAUUUUGAAAUGAAAAAUAAUAAUAAAUUCAAUC